UAACAUUUAUUAUUAUCGUUAGAAAAGAGUUAAAAUUCUUGGUUUGCAGGAGAAUAAAAAAUCUUGAGAAAACGAAAAUCACCUGACAUUUCAUAUCUUUCUCUCGUUCGAUCAUCACGUGAUUAGAUCAGCUGGCUGGACGCAUGAUAGUUGAUACGUGCAUUAUUAUCAUGAUUAUUUGCAUUUAUUUCAUCGAUGUUCACCUUCUUUAAAAGUUUUAAUUUUGUAAAUGUAAAGCUCAACGAAGCAUAAAUUCGAUUUCAAGAUGUCGAAGAUAUUUAUGCUGGUUUUAUUUGGUGCCUUGAUCUAUGGAAUUCAUCUCUGGUUGAACACGAAAUCGUACCUUUUUGAUGAUCAGACAAUUGCAAGAAUAGCGGAGAAAUACUUUGGACUUCCACACCAAGAUGCUUUUGACAAAGUCGGGGAAGUUCUGCGGGAGCGAUACCCCGGUCACAUCCUACCCAAGGAGAGAGAGGAAUGGAUCUUUGUGAAUGCUGGGGGGUGGAUGGGAGCGAUGUGUCUCGUGCACGCGUCGCUCACCGAGUACAUUCUGUUCUUCGGCACUGCAGUAGAUACUAGUGGACAUUCUGGUCGAUAUUGGGCUAAUGUUUCGGACACAAUCAUGACUGGGAAUUUUCGUCAGUGGAAAGAAGGAACAACAGAAAGCGAGGAAUAUGGACCAGGAGUCACGCUGCUUCAUGCGUGGGGCGAGGCUACUUCCGUCCAAUGGACCGCCGGCACCUGGAUGGUGGAAUAUGGGCGUGGUUUUAUACCCUCCACCCUCCCCUUUGCUGUCUCCGACACCAUCUUCAGCACCCAGGACUUCUAUACCCUCUACCGAGUUGUCAGGAUCUAUGGAGAGGCACUGUUCCAGGAACUACUUUGUGCACUUGGAUAAUGAUUGGUUAAGAUAGUUAGCAGAGUCGUCUAUACCGGGACCUGAGCAGCGUUUCACGAAACCAUGAUAAGUACAAGUUCACCGACAUCCUAUUGAAAUUUGUGUUAAACUUAAUACACAAAUUUCAAUGGAAUGCUGGUUAACUUGAACUUAUGACGGUUUCGUGAAACGCUGCCCUGUAUUCUACUACAAAAGAUUUUAACUGGGUCUAAGUCGGGUUGAGUUGUAGUAGAAUGCAGGUCACAGAGUUUUGCCAACUUACAGUAAGCAAUAAACAUUAGUGGCAGAUCGGGCAAGGGGUGAUAAAAAAAAAAAUGGAUUUUGUGAUUGCCAAUUAAAUAAUGUAUAACACUGUGCUACCUCACUAUAACACAGUUGACCAAACUCUGUGUACAGAUGGCUCUGACAGUUUGUACCAGCUAUAGCCAUUCAUACACAAGAGUUGGGCCAACAAGAAAUAAAAUGUGUCAUAUUGCUACCCAUUUCAUUAAACCCAUGUUGUCUAGACUCUGUAUAGCUGGCUCUGAUACAUGUAUGUAAGUCAGUGCCAUUGACGAGGAGAGUUUAGCCAACCCAAUUGGAGAUAGGCACAGUAUGUUGGGUAAGCACAUAACAAAAGAAGAUGUGCCAUGCCGUGACCAACUGGAUCCAAGUUGGUCAAACUCUGUGUAUAAAUGGCUCUGACACAUGUAGAUAGUACAAUAUUGUCUCCUUGUGGUAAAAGGAAAGCAAGAAUCAGAUUGGUUCAUUCUUUACAUUUUGAAUUGAGGGUUUUGGAGCAUGAAUAGUGCACAAUAUGAUAUAUCUUUAUUUUGUUCCUCCAUGGGUGUUGGGUAGAUAUGAUACUUGCUUCUUUUUUGUGAAAUUUGGUAGCCUAGACUAGAAUAGAAAAGGUUGAAAUACAAUCAUGUAUUUAUCCCAAUCCUGACCUGUGAUGAAAUAGUAGAUUUGUUAUGAAUUCUUAAAUGAGUUUUGUUUAUCUCUGUGCAAAGAUUGCCUUGAAACAAGCAUGAAACCAAAAUUACUGAAGUAACCUCAAAGUUGGUCAGUGAUGUGACGAUCAUGUUCCAUUAGUUUGCAAGUUCAUGUGUAAAGUUGUUUUGGAUGAUGGUAUCAAUUGAUCAAGAAUUGUCCCUCUCUGUCUCUCUUUUUCUCUGUAUCU